AUGAUGACCCCGUUAGGAAACGACUGCUACCAACAGCAAGCCUUUGCCAUCCAAUGGCAAAUGGAUAACAAUGGUGGACUGAUGCCAAACAUGGGCCGUCGCCCCAGCAUGCAGCAUGUCCCCUUUAUGGAUUUCUCCUUCUUUCCCAUUCGCGAUGAAGCCGCCGCUGCAAAUGCAGCUGCUGCCGCCAACUCCAACCCGAACAAGGCUCCACAGCAGCAGCAACAUGUCGCCAUGGAUACCACCACCAUGAACUCUGUCAUGGCCAACAACUUUGUUGGUCAAUUCCAGCAGCAGCAGCAGCAGCAGCAGCAACAGCCUCUCUUCCAGGCACCCCAAGUGGUCUUCCAAACACCUUCCGUUGCUGCAGUAGACCCUCCAGGGUCCUCUGGCGUGUACCAUCAGCACCAAGCUGAUGAUAUCUCCGAAGGCAGUGAUCCUGUCAGUGAACCAAGUCUGGCAGUUGUCAGCAUGGAUGGCUCCGAGCACUCCUCGUCCAGCAAGGUAUCUGUCUCCGAGGGCUCGUCCUUGUCGGACAGCCAGCGCUUCAAGCCCUUUCACGAAGAAAAGUGGAGUCUCCGCUACAAGGAGCUCCUAGAGUUCCACAAGGCCAACGGACAUGCCGGGGUCCCUCAUACAUACCCCAAGAACCCCCAGUUGGCUCGUUGGGUCAAGCGCCAACGCCGUCAGUUCAAGCUCAAGAAGGAAGGAAAACCUUCCACAAUGACCACGGAGCGUCUCGACCUUCUCGAUUCGGUCGGGUUCAUCUGGGACUCGCACGACCUCAACUGGAGAGAAAAGUUGGAUGCCUUGACCGAGUUCAAAAGGACCAUGGGACACUGCAAUGUCCCGUCCAACUUUCGUGACAAAAAGUUGGCGACUUGGGUCAAGUGCCAACGUCGCCAGUACAAGCUCUAUUGGGAUGGCAAGCCUUCGGCCAUGAGUCUCAACAGGAUAGCCGCCCUCGAAAAGGUUGGCUUUGAAUGGGAGAUUCGCACCACGGCCAACAAGAACGGUUCGGCUUCCAACAAGGCAGCUACUGCUUCCUCCUCCUCCAUGAUGGACAAGUCCUCCGAGCCUCUUCCCGUCCACGUCCCUUCCACUAUUGGAUGUGGCGAACAACUCUUCUUGGCCAAGGCCAUUGCCAGCCUGUAA